UUUUGAAAAUCUUGUAGUCCAAACUGAGCAAUGCUCCAGGCCUUCAGUUCAUCUUUAUUGAACACAAACUCUUGCAAUUCUCUUCCACAGUGCCGUUUGAUCCUCCCCAGAAUGUGUCGUUAGUGAACCUGACCUCUUCCUCGGUGACCAUGCUCUGGCAACCUCCCACUCAGCCAAAUGGAAUACUCCUGCACUACACUCUGUACUACUCAGACAAUACCACUGUCACAGAACAGCAUAUCCCAGUGUCAGAGCUGGACCCUGUCUCCCCGGGGGAGGACCUGUCCUACCGUUUGUCUGGCCUGAGAGGAGGACAGAACUACAGCCUCUGGCUGACCUCCAGCACCCUGCAGGGGGAUGGGGGGGUCCAUACUGAUCCCUUAAACCUACUCACCCCAGAGGAUGCCACCGGACCUCCAGCCCACCCUGCCUGUCCUGCCCUGCCAAGCCCAGCAGGGCUCACUGCCCUGGGCUCAGACACCCACACACCGCCCUCUCUCCUCCACCCAUCCAUCCACAUUACCAGCCUCUCAAUCUGCCUUCAUCUCCACUUCUCUUAUUCUCUCCAUCCCUGUUUCCCGAGGUGUGCACAUGCUCAGUUUGCUCUCUCAAUAUGGUCAGACUCAGUGACCGGAGCUUAGAGGAUAGACACCAGAAGAGGGUGUAGCCAGGAUGAGUAUCUGCUGUUCAAAGUGUCUUUCUUCAAACUUCCUCGACUUGAAGUUUUUCAAAACAAAGUUUCUCGAUAUAACUUUUCUAAAAAACAAAGUUUCUCUGGUCAAAUGUUUGUUUUCUUUUCACACUGAGGUUCUCCCUGUUGAUCAUGGGGUGAUGAUCCUGAUGAUGAUGAUGAUGAUGAAGUGCUGUUUUGUGUGUGUCUCUCUGUCCCUGGGGUGGCUCAAGUGUUUGAUUUCUUAAUAAUAUUGUUGAUUUGGGUGGAGAUGUAUUGCAUGUAUAUACAGCAUCCAUCAACAUACUGUAACUUGAAGUGUUUUAGCAAUGACACCCUGUUUGCUAUGUAAUGCAUCUUGACCCAUCAUUUCAGACGCAGUCCUAGUAUUCAGUGAUAUAAAUGAUGCAUAGUAGUUCAGUCAGUCAUACUAACUCCUCGUCUCCCCCACAGUGCCCAGUGAUCCGGUCCACAACCUCAGUGCUCAGAUCUUCAGUUCUACGGCCAUCAUAGUAA